AUAGAAGCCACCAUAUAUAUAUAUAUAUAUAUAUAUAUAUAUAUAUAUAUAUAUAUAUAUAUAUAUAUAUAUGGCAAAGGCUAGCGUACAUCAGUCGUACGCUGUACACCUGUGUUCACACUUGGUUAUUGCACUUCAAUAUAUUUCGCUGAAUCAGAACCUUCGGUUAUUAUUUUUUAGAUUAAAUGAAUCUCGUGGCUUGUGUUAGAGAAUUAGGGACUGGGGUUUAUCCAUUAGAGGUUAGGGUAUAUUAUCAUGCACAAAAUUUUGGUUAAUUCCUGCUCUAAAUAGUAAAACUCGACGGGCGUACAAUGUACGACUGACGUACGCUAGCCUGAACCAUAUAUAUAUAUAUAUAUAUAUAUAUAUAUAUAUAUAUCUCCCUAGUAGACUAAUCGUAGUUACUUAAUUUUUUAGUAAAACCACUAUGAUUUGAUUUGCUUAAAUGAAUAAUAAAGUGCAGAAUAAAAUUUUCUCAUAAAAUAAUACAUUAUUUGUAAAACUACAUUUUUAACUGCAGCACAUUAAAAACCUAAAGUGCCAUCGACUUUUUUUUUGUACCGCAUGAUACGGAGAAAAGAAACCACCAAUUUACUGUGAUUGGCUGGAGGGUUGUAAAAAAAAAAAAAACAAUUCUGAAUUCUCUGAUCGGAAAAAUCUAAGGGUAGUAAAAAAAAGUACAUCUAGUCAGAGAAGUGAGAACCAUUCAGCUUACAUCACCCUCUUCCUCUCUGACCUUUUCUCUCUCUUCGCUAAACCUAAUAGCCGCCUCCUCUCUUCCCCCCACCCAAAAAAAAAAAAAAAAAAAACUCCACCUUCUCCCUCGCAUCUCUCCGCCCGCCGCCUUCUCCCUGGCAUCUCUCCGGCCGCCGCCGGUAACAUCUCCUCGCCGCAUCCUCAUGUCUCAAUCCAUCUCUCAUACUCCCCAGAAACAUGCCCUCCUCCUCUUUACAGACGUGGCCGAACUCCACAGCCCUCUAGCUCCUCUGUUUUUUUUUUUUUUGUUCUGGGGUAAGUUUCUCUAUAUAUGUGUGGGAUAAUCAUACAUUAUCUCUUCUUCUUAAGGUUGGUUUGAGUUAAUUAUAAGCAAAGUUACAAGCUUUAUUGGUUCUACAGUCAGAUCUGUCCUAUGGUUAGGAUUACCAUUGAUGUUGUUCUUGUUCUUGUUCUUGUUUCAAUCUAGUGUGCUCGAGGAUAAACCUUUGGUGUUUCCGCUCUCCCAAUUUCUCUGUGUGCUUGAGGCUUCCUAGAUCUUAUAUAGAAGGCAAACGGUGAAAACCCAUGGGGAAUCUUACUGUUAUCCUCUGGAAUUCCAGUUUUGAUCCAGUCAAUUCGUGAAGAUACCCAAAGGCUCAGGGUGUUAAAACAUUAUUUUCAGUGUAGCUGAUUCUUUUCACAUUUGAUACAAUCUUGAGAGAUGUAUUUGGUAUAGAUUUAUUGUGGAUAUAACCUCCUAUAGCUUUGCAUGAGCAAUUGGUCUUUUUUCUGUCCAUUCUCGGUCACUCAAAUAUUUGGAAGCUUUCCUCUGUAGUGAAUUUGAAUAGUGCAUCCGUUUGUAGAAGCAUAGCUGGGUGCUGGAUCCUGAGUAAUCUUGUAAAGUUAUUUAUGUAAUGUUCCAAAGUGAAUUUAGCUGAUAGUAGCCUUGGUUGUUUGGCAGCCGGAAACUGCAAGGGAUUCUCCUCAAGCUUCUGGCUUCCCUGCUGAUAGUGCAGUAUUGACAGGUGAUGCAUGUGGACCGAUUGCAGAAUGAAUGAAGGAAUCGACGUUACUACUCGUCAUUUCAACGCGCGGCGGGAUGCCUUUGAUACUCUGAAGCAAAAACAUGAAUACAAGUUACAUUCUGUAGCAUGUCCACUUACGAAAUUUAUGAUUCUCAUUCUAGACUUGGUGCUUAAGCUACUGCAUGAAAAUUCUGAAGAGCCUCAGACAGCUCGGAUACUGCUUUACAAGUUAUUCUAUGAUCGUACUGAUCAAGGGGAUGACCCAAUUCAUCUUGAACCUGAUUAAAUCGUUCAACACCCAUAAGCAAUCCAAAAGGUGCUUCUUCUCCCACACAAUUAAUUAACUUCAACCCCACAGUGCAUGUUUAAAUGUAUUAUUAUCCUUUCUUUACUCUGCAUGCAUUUCAUGAUUCUGGUACUCCUUUACUUGGAAACUAUAAGGCAUUCAACUUGAGAAGAAGAAAAGAACUUGCACGUGCUGAGGAAGAUGCCAAAACACCGAAGAACAAGACUGAUCUAAUUAGUUCGGAGGAGAAAAAGAUGAGGAGGAUAGAACUGAAGGGGGUUAUGAACAGAGUGAUCAGGGGAGUAGUGAAGAAGAAUAUGAGGAGGAAGAAGAAGAAAUAGAGGAGAUGCAGUUGGAUUUUAUGUCAGAAAGAAAAUCAAAAGAAGGUGGACUCAGUUACUAUCCUCUACAAUCCAGCUGAGGAAGAUGUCCAAACUCGGAAAAUGACUAGAAUCAGAUUGUAGUCUAUGAGACAGAAGAUCAAUGGUAACAUAUUUUGAACCCAGUUCUCUCCUCUUCUCCAUUUCCCCUCUACAUUUUCCUCUUCUGCUUUAGUAUUUCCCAAUUCUGCUCUUUGAUUUUUCAGGUGAAUUGGAAGACAAAGAUGAGGGCUUAGCUUAGGUAUCCACAAGAAGAUGAUGAAAAGUGUGUUCCAGCCAGUGGUGAAAGGUGAAUAGGAGGAAGAAGAAGAAACAGAGGAGGUGAUGGUCAAGUCUAAGUCAGUAGAAUGCAGCAGCAAGAAUCUCACAAGAAAGAUGAAUCAGGUACAACGAUUCAAGCCUUAUAGCGCUAACAUGCUUAGAGAUGGAAACGGUAUAGCGAUGUAAACCCUAGAUUAGAGAAUCCUAUUCAAUCCAGCUUAGGAAAAAUCCAACAAUUGGAAAGAACAGGAGUCAGUUUGUGGUUCACAGGCAGACCAUCAAUAAGAAGGGGAGUGAAGAAAACUAAAUCGAGAGAUCUGCACUCCACAGAGUUUAGGGUUUUAAUUACCUGAUGCUUGGUAAACUACUUAUGGAUUUGCUUCCGACCUAGUAUUCAUUCACCUAGCGACUUCAGGGUACUAGGAGGGAAACUGGGAAAGUAAGUCUAGAUAUCAUCAAAUGACAAAAGCAUGAGACAGAAGCAAUCACAUACCCUUCCAAUCCCAGCAAGUAGUUUGUAGAUAUUACUGUUAAGAGAUUCUUCCUCUCUUCAUCUACCAAAAUGAGACAUCAAGUAGCCACAUAAACAGUCUUCCCAAAAAACAUCUUCACUGGUAUAGUUUUUGCUUGAGCUUGUCAAGCCUAAGGUAUUAUUAACAUUUCCACCCUGUUCUGUCCUCUUUCUCGAACUCUUGGACUUUGUCUCCACUGUAAUUCCUGCAUGCAGAUUCAGCAGAACACAUUAUAGUGAGUUGUUUGUAUGAAACCGAUCCCUCCAUGCUCCCCAUCAGAUCAACUCAACAGUGUUCGAAUCAUCAUGGUAAUGUCUUUGUCCAUUUACCCCCUCGCCUAGUUGCUUUGUGUGCUCGAGGGUUCUGAUUCAUGUUUUCACCUCAUUUCAGCUUCUUUGUUCAUAUUGUUUUUUCAGGUGAAUGAGAAAACGAGGAUGAGUGUUUUCGCUGAGGUACUGAAGCAUUCACUCUAUCCUAGCAAACUUCAACGACGGUACUGGUCUUUCAUGUGUAGGCAUGUGUAGGAUAAAGAUGAUGAAAAAGAGGUCAAAAUGCGGGAAACACUUUGAUUCAGAUUGUUUUUGUCAGAUCAAUUAUUCGAAUAUAGCAUAUGCAAUAUUAAUUACUAGAAAUACGUUGGCAGUCGGCAGAUAUUACCUCACUGAUUCGCAUCAUCUUCCGCCUGGUUGGCCGCCUGAGCUGCCGCCGCCUGAGCUUCCGCCGCCUGAGCUUCCGCGCCUGAGCUGCCGCCAUUUCCGCAGCCAACGCCUCACUACAAGAAAUCACCGGCCCAAUGUCAAUUAAUUGGAAAAAGCUAUUCAACCGCCGCUUGAAUCUAGAUCUCGCAUAAACAAUCAAAAAAUUAAAGCUAACCCACCGUUCUCUUCGUUGCUCCUCUUCAAUCCUCACUCCCGCUCUAACGUUUUUCUCGUCAAGUUUCCUAUUGCGGUUAGCUGCAAUUUGGGCCGCUUUCUUCUCAUCUUUUUGAAUGUUAUGGCCCUUCUGCCUCUUGCUAAAACCAACCAUUGUAAUUUGCAAUAGAGCUAGGGUUCUACAGUGACGAAAAGAGAAUGGUAGGGUUUUUGCCUUUGGGCAGGAAGGUCUGUAAUGGUUAGGAUAUAAUGAGUGACCACGGUUGCUUUUCUAUGUGGUCAAAUUGAAAGUUUAGUCACUGAGAUUACUAAAUCGUUUCAUGUUCGUCACUUAAAUUCCUACUAUUAUAUAUUAGUUGUCACCCAUGUUUCAGAAUCGGACCGGAUGCUGAACCGGAAAAGUUAGUAGUUUAGGGUUCAGUAGUUAAUCAUUACAAAACUGUUGAUAGAACCGUUCAUGAUAUACAGCAUACAAGACUUUAAUAAUAGCUAAUUUAAGAAUAAAGUUAUCAUUGACCAUAAACAAUUUUAAAUUUAUACAUCACCAAAAUAUCUAAAAAAAUCAUUCAAACCUUCUCACAAAAGAAUUCAUUAUUUUUUUAAUUCAAGUUAAAAGUUACGUACCAGUCGGUAGUGGACCACCUAAAGUCGACAAGGCGAAAACAUAUAAUUAUAAGCUCACAACGAAGUUGGAAUAUGAGAAGAGGAAGCAGAAAUAAAAUUAAUAAUUCUGG